GAUUUUUCUAUUUUGCAACAUGGCAGGAAACGAGAAACAUGAUUUUGUCCAUCAAAACGCAAUUCACGUUGAGACGAUACGGAAGGAGCAAAGACACCAGAAACUUCACACGGAGUUCAGCAUCAAUCCACACAGGAAGUAAACUGUUCAAUGGUGUGUCCAUUAAAGGCUCUACUUGUGAUCCAAAUGAGGACAAAAGAUUUGCAUGUCCUGCCAGACAAACCCUUGUGCAGGAAACCACCAGAGGUGAUUGCAGAGAACUCGGACUUCAUUGAAGCCUUCCACAAAGCCCGCCAGGAGCCCACCAAGAAGUACACAAUGCCACUGACUGAGAGUCAGGAGAUAGGAUGGAUGUCAACUCCACUGAUUCCAUCAAACCGCAAGGACGAGAGAUUCAAUUUCUACCGCUUCAGCACAGACGUCACCAAACACCAAGAAUCUGCCCAGCGAUCAUCAAAUUAGACCAUAAAAUACAGAAUGGAGAUCUCCAGAAAGUGAACACCUAUGUUCAGAUUUAAUUGUUUAUCAUACAAACAUAAGGGUGUCAGCACCAGAGGUUGUCUUUUUACAUUUUCAUCUUUGCAAACUUAGAAAAACACUUGAAGGAGAAACAUUCUCACAGGUCUAUACAAAGCACACUCGCCCAUCACAUACUAAUCGUAUUAAUGAAUGGGAAAGGUCAAUGCUGACAGCUGCUCAAUAUUAUAAAAUGUCAUAUCACAUGAGAGCGAGUCAAGGAGCUGAGU